AUUAAAGGGGUGAAAGGUCUUUGUGAUCACAAGCGGCACAACAAGCUUGAAGCUCUAUAAAAUAGUUUCGUGUAAUAAAGAGGGAGAUGGAGAGAGAGCCGCUUAAAUAUUUCCUCCACCGGCAUCCGUUGAUCUUCAAUGAAGUGCUAGACAAGGAUUAUAGAAGAUCAAAUUGCAAUGUGUGCCAGACAACAAUAUCGGGUCCUAAUUACAUUUGCAAAGAGUGUGGCGGGUUUAUCAUUCAUAAAUCAUGUACAGAACUAUCCGACAAGUUGGAGCACCCGUUGCACCCCAAACAUCCCCUCAUUCACACCUGGCAGUUCGAAGGGGAACCCAAAUGCGACGGUUGCAAUGGAGAGAUCAAGAUAUAUCACCCGAUUUACAAAUGCUCUGACUGUAAUUUUAGACUUGAAGCUAAAUGUGCUUUUCUACCGCUCACCAUCCAAGCUGAAAUUCAUCAUGAACACCCAUUGACCCUCGUGCGAAGAUGUCUCUCUUUAACUUGCGACGCCUGUGGGAAAGAAGACAAAUGCAUGUUUUGCUUAUGUGCUAUCUGCCCAUUUUUGGUCCACAUAGAAUGUACUUCCUACCCAUUGCUUGUCAAACAUAUCCGUCACAGACACCCUCUUCACCUCACCAAAUCCCUCAAGCCUCACCUCAAUCAAUCCGACCAUCGACUUUGCCCGCUUUGUGUUAAAAAGGUGAACACAAACUACAUGGUUUAUUAUUGCUCUACUUGUGAUUUUGUUACCCAUCUUCAUUGUGCUGCAAAUAUAGAUAUGGAAGGGGAACAGUGGGAGCGUAUUGAAUCAACAAGUAUGCUGAAAUUCGAAGAUCCGGGGCUUGAUGAAUCCAUUGAUUCAUUACCAUAUGUUGUCAAGAAAUCCAAACAGGGAGAGGACAAUAUUGAAAUAGCCGUGGAAAUCAAACAUAUUAGUCACAAGCAUGACUUGAAGCUUAUUGAUGAGCAGCUUAAGAAUGAUGAAAAAUGUGACGGGUGUAUAUGGCCUAUCUCACCUCCCUUUUAUACAUGUACUCAAUGCGGAUUUUUUCUUCACAAAUCUUGUGUUGAAUUACCCAGGAAAAAGUUACACCCACUUCAUCAACACCCCCUCAUUCUCCUCACAGAGUCACCUUAUGUUUACAAGUAUUUUUUUUGCGAAGCUCUUGGACGCCAUUGUAAUGGCUUCGUCUACCAUUGUGACAAAUGCUACUUCGACCUUGAUGUCCAAUGCAGUUUAAGAUCUGACAUCAUGAACCAUGAAGGUCAUGAGCACCAACUUAUUCUCCUCAGCACAUCAAAUAAUGAGAAGUGCAAUUCUUGUGAUAGGGUCGGAAUAAUCUUUCGUUGCGCUUAUUGUGAGUUUACUCUGGAUUUCAGAUGUGCUACACUACCGACUAUCAUAAGAUAUAGAUCAUAUGAACAAUCAUUCAUACUUUGUUAUAAGAGUGAAAAAGAUUAUGAUCAUGAGUAUUAUUGUGAUAUUUGUGAAAAACCACGAAAUUCAAAGCAUUGGUUCUACUAUUGUGCGGAUCUCGAUUUUCCUGCGCACCCUGAAUGUAUUCUUGGAGAAGAUCCAAAUAUGAAGUUUGGGAAGACUUAUACGUUUGACAUCCACGAACAUCCCCUCGCUCUUGUUGACAAGCGCAAGGGCAUCCAUCCUCUAUGUAAUAAAUGUGGUAAAUCUAGUGACGGUUGGACUUUUGAAUGUGCCAAAUGUAAUUUCAAUCUUCACCCUCUGUGCUAA